AUGACAGACACCUCAGAAGCGGACACCAUCCGCAUUCUGGUUGCGACAGAUAACCAUGUCGGCUACGAGGAACGAGAUGCUAUCAGAAAGGACGACAGCUGGCGGACGUUUGACGAGAUCAUGAACCUUGCCCGCACCGAGGAUGUUGACAUGGUUCUUCUCGCCGGCGAUCUCUUCCACGAAAACAAACCGUCCCGCAAGUCCCUCUACCAAGUCAUGCGAACACUCCGACAGAACUGUAUUGGCAACCGACCGUGUCCUCUCGAGUUCCUCUCCGAUGCCUCCGAGGUUUUUGAAGGCGCCUUCACGCACGUCAACUACGAAGAUCCUGAUAUCAACAUUUCCAUUCCCGUCUUUUCGAUCCACGGAAACCACGAUGAUCCGUCUGGCGAGGGCAACUACUGCUCUCUCGACCUCCUCCAGGCCAGCGGGCUUCUGAACUACUUUGGGCGGGUGGCCGAGGCCGAUAAUAUCGAAGCGAAGCCGAUUCUGCUACAAAAGGGUACCACGAAGCUCGCACUUUUCGGACUGAGCAAUGUGCGCGACGAACGCAUGUUUCGCACGUUUCGAGACAACAAGGUCAAAUGGUUCCACCCCAACGUCCAGGAGCGCGAAUGGUUCAACCUCCUGGCCGUGCACCAGAACCAUCAUGCCCACACGGCGACCUCGUACCUCCCCGAGACUGCCCUGCCUGACUGGCUUGAUCUGGUCGUCUGGGGUCACGAGCAUGAGUGCUUGAUUGAUCCCACUCAGAACGCAGAGACGGGGAUCCAUGUAAUGCAGCCUGGGUCGUCGGUCGCCACCUCGUUGGUGCCCGGAGAGGCUGUACGGAAACACGUGGCUGUCGUGAGUGUGACUGGAAAGAACUUCAAGAUGGAAAAGAUCCCACUCAAGUCUGUACGCCCCUUUGUCACGAGAGAACUGGUGCUUUCCCAGGACAAGCGAUUCAAGGGCCUCGACAAGAAGAAGGAUAACAAACAAGAGGUCACACGGCGGUUGAUGGAGGUGGUUGACGAAAUGAUCGAGGAGGCCAAUCAGGACUGGGAGGCUAUCCAAACGGACGACGAGGCUCUUGAGGAUCGCCCCUUGCCACUCAUUCGGCUGAAAGUAGAGUUCUCAGCCUUGGAGGGCGGCCUGUUCGAGUGCGAGAACCCCCAGCGCUUCUCGAACCGGUUUGCGGGAAGGGUGGCCAACACCAACGACGUGAUUUAUUUUCACCGAAAGAAGAAGCAAGAGCGCAAAACGAAUGCGACAAACCCAACCCAGGCCCUCGAGGCGCUGAACGACAGCAGCGACGCCGUCAAGGUCGAAUCUCUCGUGACGGAGUUCCUCCAGGCGCAGUCUCUCAAGGUUCUCCCCCAAGGUCCGUUUGGAGAUGCUGUCAACCGAUUCGUGACCAAGGACGACAAGCAUGCCAUGGAACUCUUUGUAACAGAUCAUCUCACUGGACAGGUUCAACAGAUGCUUGGGCUAGAGUCGGAUGACGAGGAUCUCGGUAGCGCGAUGGAGAUCUACAAGACCAGAAUGGAACAGCAGAUGGCGAUGGGUGCAGUGACGGCAAACAUCCCUGAGCGGAGACGUGUCUUGAAGCCGAAGCCGGAUACGUGGGAUAGUGAUUUUGAUGGUGAAUGGGCGAACGAGCCGGAUGCCUGGACGUACGAGGAUGCAGGUCAGAGUAUGGCUCCGACAACCCAACAGUCUAGCCGACAGUCUCGGGCAAAGGCAUCACGGCAAGUAGUGGACGAUGAAAUGGAAGUGGAGGAGAGCCAACCGCCACCAAAGACUACAAAGCGCGCGACAACUUCCAGAACCACGAGAGCAGCACCAGCAGCUAAGAAGGCACCGGCGAAGAAAGCGCCAGCUCGGUCUACACGUGGUCGUAGGGGAACACAGCAGGUCGAAGACGAAGAUGAGGAGGAGGAGCCAGAACCAGACGUCAUCAUGGAGUCUGAUGAAGAUGUGGCACCACCGCCGCCCAAAACUACAACGAGGCAGAAAACUACAAGAAAGGCGGCCCCUCCACCCGCACCCGCACCUACCCGCAGUACGCGAACUCGGCAGACUACGCUGAAUUUCUCGCAGAGUCAGGCUGGAGCAACGCAGAGCAAGAGGAAGGUUGGCGGUGCCGCUCCCUUUGAGAUUAGCGAUGAUGAGAUCUCCGAUGAUGAAGACGCCUUUGAGCCGGCGCCGGCGCCAGCUCGGGCGACACGCCGGAGGGGUUGA